ACGCUUCACCUGUCAAGUGUACGCUGUCAACACGGUGCCGGGUGUGCGGUGUUGUUUGUGAUUAUUCAAUAAUUUCUUGCAUUUCCUGGCGCUAGGAUAAGUGUAAACUCCGGGAACGAUGCUUUCCUUAUCGAGUAUCGGGAUAAUACGAUGGUCAACGACACCGCUGAUUGUGGCCGGUGCGCGGCUUUUGCAUACCACCACGAUAGAUCUGGCCGCUCGUAAGGGUACACGAGAAAAGGCACGCAAGGCAAAGGUAAAGAAGGUUGUGGAAAAAGUUGGCUUCAUCCGGCACGAUCUGCGGAAAAAGGGAAAGCUUAAUCUCAACGUAGCUAACAAACACAUUGACGACAGCUGGAAGCAAGAUCCGAAGGAUGAUUGUUGGGUGAGCAAGUACUACAAGUGGCGCGUGUACUCGGUCGCGGAAGCCAUCCAGUGCCACCGGGAAACACACCACCCGACGGUGUACAAUCUCCCAAAUGCCCCACUGUACGCACACGUCGAGCUAAACAUGCAGGCGGAGAAGGCGACUCGUUUCGUGGAUAACUUCCAGCGCAUGGUUGCGAUACCGCACCGGUUCGAGCACGGUGAAAACCGGAACAUUAUCGUGUUUGCGAAGGGGCAGGAUCCACUUAAGGAAGCGAAAGAUGCUGGUGCAACGCUUGUCGGUGGGCUGGAGCUGAUAAAAGAAAUUCAAAACGGUGAUUUACAGCUGGCAGAAUAUCCGUUCGUGCUAGCCCAUCCGAACAUUCUGCCCGAGCUGGUGGUGAUACGUGGUUUGCUGAAGAAAAACAAGUUCCCAAAUCCACGGUCCGGUACGUUGGGUGUAAAUCUGGCGGAAAUGAUCGAAAAGUACGCACACGGCAUCAACUACAGUGCGGCUAAGGAUGAGCAGCAGAAAGAUUUCGGCUCGAUCGUUGCCUGCAUCGGGACGCUCCAAAUGGAAGUGAACCACCUGGAGAGUAAUCUGUCCGCGCUGCUGCAGGAUGUGAACUCGAUGCGGCCGAAGCGCGAAGGCAAGUUCGUGACGCGUGUGCUGCUGAAAAGUCCACCAUCUGGGGAAAACCUGAAGAUUGACCCGUUCCUGUACAUCCCGGAGCAGGGUGUGUUUGGCAAAAAGUCGGCAAAGAGCACCGCCGACGCGGCCGCGGACGAGGAGGACGAUGCGGAGCAGGACGAGGGUGUGAGGAGGGCGGCGAAGGGAGCGGCAGCGUGAGCGCGCCCAUACGGCUAUUUAACAACACAGUGCGUCGCCACGGUGCUUCUCUGUACACACCGAGUAGGAAUAGAAUAAAAAUGGAACAUGUUCCACAGUCAAACGCACA